AAAAAUUUGAGAUCGUCUACGGCGGUUUGUUGCUGACCAGCGGAAGUUCUACCAUCGCCGCCGCAGCGUUUCUUCUCGACCGGUGUUCGGAUUCCAUCGCUGAUCAGGCGUUGGAAAUCGUUGCAUUUCUCAUUCCUCGAUUAUCCGGAGCCCUAGCCUCCAUGAGCAAGCUGUGAGGGGACGUUUUCUACAUCAGCAAGGAGUAGAAGAUUCAACAACAUAAAAAAAAGGGAAAAUCAUGAAGCAUCUACCAGAGAAGAAAUUCCCCCUUACUGCUAAAGAUUCAAUCAACGCUCUUGAUCUUGAGAAGCCCAAUGAUGACUUGAAUGAAGAUAGCUAUCCCCCUCCACGUUUUGUGGAUCCGAGAACAAGUUGGGACGAUGAUCUUGAUGAGGAUUUCUGGUCCGACCCGAUAGUGGAGCUUAGGGGAGCUCUCAAGACCGCUCUCGAUCGUGAGAAGACCCAAUUUCCGAAAAUGGCACAUGUGGAGCGCAUUAUGCAAUGCUUUGCAGCGACACCCAUCCAUCACCAACCCCCGGGAAUAGAAGAGCUUUCAACAGCUCUUGCGCAUGUCAUCUUACUCCCCCCUCCCCCCAAUAUCCCUCUGUCGGAUGUCAUCCCUAUGGAUGUCCUAUCCAACAUCGUCCCUCGUGACAUUCUAUACGGCCUCUCCUUACACCGUUUACCCCCUCACCCUUUGCCCCGCUCCCACAUCUUCCCCGAUGCCCCCCUUCCCCCUCCCUCCCCUGCCACUGCCCCCAUCCCCCCUCCCUUUCCUGCCACUGCCCCAAUCCCCCCUCCCUUCCCUACCCCCUCCCCAAGGGCAAGGAGAAAGUGGAUGUGCUGGAACCUUACUGGUGGGAACACUCGGGAAGGAAACCUGGUGGAGAAGAACAGGAAGAGAAACCUACUGGAAACGAUGAAGAGCUCCCCCCUCCCUUCCCUACCCCCCUCCAUCCACAAGGGCAAGGAGAAAGUGGAGGUGCUACUGGAACAUUACUUGUGGGAACACUCGGGAAGGAAACCUGAAGGAGAAGAAGAACAGGAAAAGAUGAAGAGGGAGAGAUAG